CCAAAAUAUAACACAUUUUACGAACGGGUAACAGGUUUCAAUAUAUUACAGUAUUAUUUACAUUUUUUAAUCUAAUGUAUAAGGCUAGAUUAAAAUGUGAAGCAACUUCAGUGGAUUUUAUUUUCAAAUACAUCAGCGUAAAUAUUUCAUGAUUUUAAACUGUAAUACUAAUUAUGGUAAUGAUGAUGCCUUGACUGUUACUAAGGAAUUUGCAUUACCAUGGCGACAAAGACAACAACAUUUUCUGAUCAAAAUAACAAACGACUUCAAAGAACUCGCUCUAUGGGUUACUUUUAUACACAGCCGAAAGUGGAGCGAAAAGAAUCUGAGUUUGACGUUUGGAAGUUGAUCAAACGAAAUAAUGCUGAGAGUCCAUACUGUCUGGCACUACAUUAUCGCAGUAGCAUAUAUCCCGCCGCAUCACGGCGAUCACACUCCACAACACCGGGAGCAACAAUCCAUCGAAGGCGGAAGCAUACAGAUUCGGCGAUGACAUUAGACAGUGAUGGGCGAAGUUCUCAAAUGAGCUAUUUGAAUGAUUUACAUGAGAAUGAAAACUUUUUCAAAGAAAACUAUGACUUUGAUGGUGAAGAGCCCGAGGAACCGCCAAGAUAUCCUCAUCUCGUACAUACACCUGGAACCUAUACACAGGAACUGUAUCUGAAAGCUUGUAAACGAUUUCAAAUUCCUCAUUCGUCAUUCUUCUACAAACAUUUGCUAAACGAUACAAUAGUUCUGAAGAGGCAACGUCUUGGCCCAAUCGGUAUGAAGGCCUGUGCGAUUGCUUUAGUGGAGACAUUAAAUGUGCACACUUUAGAUGUUACAGACAAUAACCUGGGACCUGACGGGGCAAGAUAUGUGGCUGAACUUAUAUCAGAAAACAACUUUCUUAAACAUCUAAAUGUUUCAAGUAACGCAUUAGGAGAAGAAGGUGUACGUAUUCUCGCUGAUGCCAUAAAGAAAACCGAUUCACUAGAAUCCUUGGAUAUAUCAGACAAUGGUCUUGGAGACAUGCAAGCAGAGGCUGUUCGUCCGAUUAUAGAGGACACUAAUAAUUUAAAGAUCUUGAUCUUGUCACACAACGAGUUAAGAGACGAAGGUGGCAAACUAAUUGGAGAUGCAUUAUUGUGGAGUGAUACAAUACAGCAUCUCGACCUCAGUUGGAACAAAUUACAUCGUAGAGGAGCAAUCAAAGUUGCAGAGGCUCUUGUUAAAAAUACAAGCAUAACCUCAUUGGAUCUGUCUUGGAACGGACUCCAUAUGGAAGGAGUCACGGCACUAGGCAAAGCUUUAGAGAAGAAUAACACUUUAACAGAACUGAAUAUCAGUGAUAAUAGGAUUGAUAAAGCAUGUCUAGACAAACUUUGUACCAGUCUGAGGAAAAAUACGACACUUAAAACACUACACAUAAAGAAGAAUCCUUUAACACACGAAGAUGCAAUAGUUGUUUUGAGGUUUCUGCAAGAUAAUCCAAACAGUGGUAUAACAUGUUUAGAUUUAAGUGAGAUAUGUGUUGACGAGAACUUUUUGGCAGUCCUUGAUGAAUUAAGGAGUACCCGGGAACUGACAGUUCAUCAUGGUAAACUACGAGGACAUGAUAUGUCGAUUCAAGACAAUGAUGAAGGCUUGCUUCUGAAGGAAGAUUCUUGGCACGUCCUAGAAGAACUUAGUUACGUCCUUGGUGUGAACAUUGUGAAAUUACUUAUAGGUAUAUCCGAUGAACUUCGUUGUGGUUUAACGCCCGAUGAUAUGGUGAAUUCACUAAAGAUAUUGAAGAAUCCACUGAGUGACAAAUGUUCAGAAAUACUCGUAAAACGGCUGAACAUAGACGCAAAAGGAUUUGUAGAUUUCAGCUCAAAGCGUGCUCCGAAUAAAAGAAAACCCUCGGCAAACCUACGAAGGCGACUUUCGGUCAUAGAAACCUUACAAGAGAUAGGCAGUAUGAUAGAAGAGGAUAACAAUGAAAAUAAUUCAGAGGAAGAUGAGCCUAAAGAAAAGGUUCCAGUCAAUGCAUCGGAAAGGAUUCGACGAUAUUUGUUUCGUGUAAUGACAAGAAGGAUGAGUGGUAGUUCUGUGUAUAGAAGAGAUGUGGAGAUAAUGAGUCAGGAUGGUGAAACGAUGUUAAAAUAUCAGAUAAUUGAUAUGCUGCGUCAAUCAAAAUUGUCCAAAAGUCAAAAAACCGAAAGCAUAGGACCUGAUAACUUAUAAUGAAUAUAAUGACUAAUUAUUUAUUCUUUGACAAAUUAUUCUACGUUUAUAUUAUAACGCACCGACAUAUACUGUGACACAUCUUGUAUUAUUCAUUCGUGUAUUUACAUUGUAAAUUUACUUCUAAAUAUUUGAUAAGGACCACUGUUUUCUCCGAUGACAGACUCGCCAAUAAGUUUUGCAGAAAAAAUCAAGUUGCAACCAAAUAAAGUUUAUAGUGUUUGUGUUAUUGUCAUGCACGGGUUCACUUCUGGCGACAUAUAAAGAACGAGGACUUCCUGAACUUCCAACAUCAACAGUAUUACAGCAUGUUUACUGAGUUCACAUGUGCUAUCUGUGCUCUUGAUUACUAUUUAUAA